GUCUUCCUUUCCCAGAUACGAAGAAAAGCUUCCUUCUUUUCAUUCUCUCGUUCUCUCUUCCUAUUGCAGAGAUAAGAAAAGUUGGAUCCUUCUUCUCUACUUCUCUCUUCCUUUCCUAGAGUCAAACUCCGCCCAAAUAAAAGAUACAAACCGAAGGUAACCUAAUCUCCCUCUUCUUUACUCAAUCUGAUUUCUCCCUACAUCUCUUUUCUGGGUCGAUUGUACGAUGGGAUUUAUGGGAAUGAAACGACGCCAGUGGCUUUUGCUGAGGUAAGACGAACUUAAUAAAACCUAAUGCAUGCUCGAUUUUGAUUCAUUUAUUGUUGGUUCUUAGGGUGUUAAUCUACUUUUUCUAUUUUUCUUGAUUUGUCUAAGGGGCAUUGACCGUGGAAGGAAGCACGCUGACUUUAAGGAGUUUUGACAAAGAAGGAGUGAUUAAUGACUGAGAAAUCAACUAGAAGUUGCUAGAUUAUGUCAAGACGAGCCCAAAAAAUUAGCCCAUUAUGAAGCAAGAAAGAGCGGCGACCCAAGCUAGGGGUCGGUCAAACCGUCACUAUCUAAGUUGCAGGCCAAAUCAUCAAGAAUUAAAGUCCAUGGAUCAAGUAACCCAAACCAGGAAGAAUCAGAGCGGCGAGUCCAACCGACGUACCGCCGCCGCCCUCCCUUUGGCUUGUUGACAAAGUUUCUAAGUCUACUAGUUUUGGGAGACUCUUUCAUAGUCUGUUUAGGUUGUUUUAGGCCGAAUUCUCCCCCAUAAAUAAAGUGCAUGACUCCAAUUGUAAGAGUAAGCCUACAUAAUCACACAAAUCUCUAUAACACUCUACAUGAGUGCGUAGUCUAGAAGAAGUAGAGGGGUCUGCAGCUGAAGAGAUGUUGCCAUCAUCAAUGGUGAUACCUUCCUUCUCUUCUAUGUAGCUAGUCAAAAUUGGUUGUAUUGGAAUUUGACCUUGUUUAUUGUUUUGUGGACGAAUGUUAUGAUUUCAUCUCAGGCUUGUGUUUGUCUAUGAAUUUUGAUGCCUAUGAUGAUCAUUGAUUGCUUUAUUGUUUUCGAUGCUUAUGAUGGUCAUUGGUGUUUCUAUAGCAUGAAUGCUCUUAAUAUCAUUGAUACUAAUGAUUCUAUUGUAUGCUACUAUAUGCAUUGUGCUUAGUAUUGCCUAGAUUGUCAAGAAAUUACCUUCUAGUGAUACCCCAUUGAUGCUACACGAGCAUGAGAGGAUUGAUCACCCAUCAAUGCUUCGAUUAGUAUAAAUGCAUGAUUGUUAGAUCAUCAAUGCUAUAGACUAUAAUUAUGCUUCAUAGAAGCCCACAAUUAAAUAUAUACUAUCCUAACUUCCUUAUUCUUCAUUAAUUAGGUAAUGACGUGAAUCGAGAGCACGCAUUAGCUAGUCAAAUCUCUAUCGUAAGAGGCGCAUGCACGAGUAGAGAGUGAAAUGGAAAUAGGUUCCAUGGCGGUUGAGUUUGCUGCUGUGACAGCGGCCAGUCAUUUUGGCCCCAACCACACAACUCGGGGAAGCCAGAAAAUGGAAGAAGAGCUAGGUCUCACCGUGGAGAAGGAGACGACGCAUGAAAAGGGGAUUCUAGUGGAGAAGGUUGGUUUUGAUUUACGGCUUGAGUCUGGUUUGGUUAUGGGUUGAGUUGGUUUUGGUGAUGGAGAAAAACUUCUAUGGGGCGAGUGCACCAACAAGGAUUGCUUAUGUGGUGCCCAAAGCCAAUUAAAACAUGGCAUGUCGUCAUUUUAAGUUAUCGAAAGAUGAUUUUUUGUGUAAUUAAAUAAUCAAAAUAGAAAGUAAGACGCGUG